AUGACGUUGCGACUCGUGCUCUUGGUCCCGUUCAGGGAGGACGCGACGCGAACGCGCGCCGCGCAAUUGCGUCAACUCAUCGAGCGCUUCGUCGCCGUCUUCGACGACCCGAGCCGCCCCGCGCUCGUCGUCGUCUGCGAACAGAGCGACGACGGGUGUCGAUUCAACCGCGGUCAGUGCUUGAACGCGGCGUACGCGAUCGCGACGUCGACGUUCAGCGAGCGCAUCGAUCGAUGCGGCACGCAUUUCGCGUGCCACGACGUCGACAUGGCGCCCGAGGCGGCGACGAAGACGGCGUACUUUGUCGAGGACGACGCGCGCGACGGCGCCGGAUUCGUUCGCGUGUUGCAAGCGAGCGGGUGUCGGUACGACGCCGAGAAAUGCUUCGGUGGCGUGACGAUUUACGACGUGACGGCGUUUGAGCGCACGAAUGGGUACCCGAACGGAUUUUACGGGUGGGGAGGCGAGGAUCACGCGGCGUUUUUGCGGGCAGCGGAAGCGGGCGUGCGAGUGGAGCGUCGCUCGGGCGCCGCGUUUGAUGAUUUAGAGAAAGACGUGGAGACGGUGGCGAAGAAACUAUCCGUGCUCGACGCACACGAUGCUCGAAUAAACGCCAAGGAGAAGGAGCGUCUACUGAAACGAAACGCAAAGUUUUGGCGCGAAGACGGCUUGAAUUCGUGCGCAUUCGACGUCGUCGAGAAAAGCGUGCUGCGCGAAUCGCCGGCGUUGACGUGCGUGCAGUUCAAGGUUGAGUUGAAAUGCGCGCGACCUGGGUACAUCAAGUGCUUCACGUGCGCGACGUGGCUUCCAGAACCUGAGUAUUCGGGCAAAGCGCUCGCCGCGGUGCGAUGGAGCGAGAAAACGGGCACCAAGCACGAACGAUCGUGCACGUCGUGUACGGCGAAUUUGCCGAAGCAAAUCGAAACGGAGGCGCAAAAAGCUUUCAAUCAGAGCAAUUUCGAGCAGAGGCUGACGUGUGCGGAGUGUGCGACGUUGUUUGCGAGCCGCACGUCGUUGUUCAAACAUCUCAAAUCGUCGCCGUGCGGAAACUAG